CUCAACCAAUUACAAUGGAUUGCAGUGAUGAUCGAUGGGGAAUAUUUCAGAAUUGUGUGGGUGCACUAGAUGGCACUUAUAUUGAUGUUCAUGUAUCACCAAAAGAUCAUAACCGAUUUCGUUCUCGAAAAGGAAACAUUGCUACAAAUGUACUUGGUGUGUGCAAUCCACAAAUGCAAUUCAUCUAUGUUUUUCCUGGGUGGGAGGGAUCAGCCGCAGACGGUAGAGUUUUGCGAGAUGCCCUGUCAAGAAGGUUCCGAGUUCCACAAGGAUGUUAUUAUUUGGUUGACGGAGGGUAUGCAAAUUGUGAAGGAUUUCUCGCACCGUAUAGAGGGCAAAGGUAUCAUUUGUCUGAAUGGCAAAAUAAUAAUAACCCUCAUAAUGCGCAUGAGUAUUUUAAUAUGAAGCACUCACAAGCUAGGAAUGUCAUUGAGCGUGGAUUUGGAUUACUUAAGAAUCGAUGGGCCAUCUUACGGAGUGCCUCAUGGUAUCCUAUUCGUAUGAGCUGUCGGAUAAUAGUGGCAUGUGCCUUGUUGCAUAACUUCAUUCGACGUGAACACGAUAUUGAUCCAACCAAUGGAGGAUGAGGAGAUAGAAGAAGAUGAGGACGAUGACGAAGAAGACGAAGAAGAGUAUUUUGGUGGAGUUGACUUACGGCCUACUGAAGCAUGGACUACAUUUCGAGAAGAUUUAGCAACAGAAAUGUACAACGCUUGGAUGGGUUAGAAGGCAUCCUAAAAGAAGAAUUUUUGUUUUUUUGAAGACUUUUGAAUUAAGUUGAAACUCUACUUAUCAUUGUAAUUAAAAAAUAUUUUGACUAAUCUUUUGUUCUGAAAUUGCUGGUGUAUAGAUGUAAUAUUCUUCAAGCAAGGUUAUUGGGUAAUAUAUUUUGAAGUUGUUA